AUGGCGCUAUAUCCUUUGCCGCUCAAUUUGCGGGUGGUAUUUUUUUAUAACAUUGCGUCGUUGACGCUCUGGUGCUGUUGCUUGGGCCGCUUUCUAGUGUUGCUUCCUCUCGUGGGCAGACGGUUUCUUCCCGCAGGAAUUGCCGAUUUUUUCCAUGUGGUGGCCAUCUUGCCUCUUGCUGGAUUCUUGGUGGUGAGGUUGUUUGGAAACGCCAGAUCGUUGGCAGGCGUUUCCGGUCUCUGGAGUCUCUUCAAUGGGCUUCGUCUUGUAUGGCUCUGCUACGUGGUGAUCUAUCCACAUCCCAAAAUUGCCAAGCACACGUCCUACUCGUUCUUGAUAGUGGGCUGGUGUGCUCAGAACAUCAUUGAUUUGGCGUACCAUGCGUUCCGGCUCAAGACCCGAUCCUCGCCCUGGGCGCUCUUUGCCCUCCACUACAAUCAUUUCUACAUGACGUUUUUCAUCUCCUUUGCCAGCGAGAUCUGCUUGGUGUUUUUGAGCUUGGCCUUUGUAAGAAACAGUGUGCUUGAGCGGGCGUUGCAGGCCUGUUUCUUGUUGUAUGUGCCGCUUGGCUAUUUCUCCUUCACACACCUUCGCCGCAGGAAGGACGUCAAGUACACUCAGUACUUGGCAAAAAAAGCACAAGCCCGCGGCCUGGGCCCAUCGGCUGUCCGGCCCGCAACAAGUCUGGGCCCGUCGAUACUGCAGUAG